CAUGGACUCCCGAUGGCUUUCACAAUCACCACUCUGGCGUGGUCAGCUCUCAGCUAUGAGUCCGAGUUAAAAUCAUCUAGAGAAUAUCAAAAUGUUCUUGCUGGUAUCCGUUGGGGCACUGAUUAUUUCCUUAAAGCCAGCUCUAGAAGAAGUCAAUUGUACGUGCAUGUCGGAGAAACUGUGAAGGAUCAUGAAUGUUGGGUGCGACCAGAAAUUAUGAAUUCACCAAGAACCGUGUUAAAGACUGACCAACAGAACCCUGGAACUGAGAUUGUAGCUGAAAUUGCUGCCGCACUGGCUGCUUCUUCCUUUGUCUUUAGGACUGUUGACCGUCGCUAUUCCCAUCAACUCCUCAACAAAGCCAAGCUGUUGUUUGAAUUUGCUAAUUCCCAUAAAGGAACUUACGAUGGAGAAUGCCCCUUCUAUUACUCUUAUUCUGGCUAUAAUGUUGUUAUACCUGAAAAAGUAGAACUGACGCAAAACCCAGUCAGCAUAAAAAGUCAGAGCUUGGAUAGGUCAGAAGCCAGUCAGAGGUAG